AUGCCAUCACCAUCAGCAUCGCUAUUGGGCGUGUUGGGAUUCCAGAUCAGCUACCCUGACCUUCAGGGUGUUGUUGCCGCUCAGAAUCUGAUUAGGCAGGUUCCAAUUCGUGCUACCAAUCGCCGUCACGGUAUUGAUCCAGUUAGCACCAUUAUCCAGCGAUACCUGCACUGUUUCACCCGCGAGCAAACCGGUACUCAAACUGCCGCUGAUGGUUUGCAGAUCGAUCGUCGUGAUGAAAUCGCUGCCGCUGAUACCAUCGUCAUUCGAGAACUUCAGAUUACCGAUGGCGGUGGUCGGUGCUGUAUGGUCAACCUGGUAUAACUGUCCGGUAAAGCCGCCAUUCAGCGGCAGGCUGGAGGUAUCAACGAUGCCUGUGCCACUGGCCUUGAGAUUCAGACCCAGGCUGCCAUCGCCAGUCAGGCCAGUGAUCCUGACGGUAUAAGUGGAAGGAUCAAGCUGGAUGAUGCUGCUGAUGGUGCCCGCUGCCGUACCUGUCGUGGCCAGCAAAAAGGCUGCUGUCGUGACGCCUGUGACUGCUUCGCUGAAUGUCACUUUGUAAUCUAUCGUGCCCAGAUUGGUGUUCUCAUUCUGGAUACGGGCGAUGCCAGUCGCGACUGGGGCAACAUUGCAGAACCCAUGGCAUCGGUCGCCCGUACAAACACCGUGUAAUUACCCGGUGUCAUGCUCACAGGAUUCUUGGCGACCAGGCUAUUACCUGAAAUCGUGAACUUGGCAUUGUCCUUAUCAUUCGUGCCAUUGCCUGUAACCAGAGUGAAUGCUGCCGUAUCACCGGGGUUGGGAUCAAUGGCAGUCAGGGUCCCCACACUGGUAUUGUCUGCAGAACCUUGCUGGAUAGUUGCGUUCGACAGCGUGAUAUUGGUUGGUGCAGCAUUGAUACCCCAAUACCGUCAUUGGCGCUGA